UUUACGAACACUCUCUUUCUUUUGAUAUUUGACAUAAAAUGAAGUCUGAAUCUCAAUCUUCCACUGAUUUAGAUAAUAAACAUGGAAAUGGCAACCAACUUAACGAUUGCAGCAUUUCGAAGCAAAUAUGGUCUUUGAGGUACACAUAUUCGGACAGAGACUUCGCGUCAGUGGUAGGGAUUUUGUCCGCAAGACAAAAUAAAUUGAAUCUCAAUAUCGAAAAGCUGAAGAAGGAAAAAGAGUUCAUAAGAAAAAUUUAUGAAUCCGAGAAGUUGGCGAAGAUAGAUAUUCAAAAGGAGCUCAAUGAAUUAAAGAGUAAGUAUUCGGAUUUGAAAAGAAUGAAUUCCUGCUUAAACCAGGAUAAGAGAAUAGCAUGCGAGGGAGAGACGAGAGCGGCGGAGAAAUGCAAUUUGUUAGAGGUCACUAAGGCAGAUAUUCAAGAGGAGCUCAACAAAUUGAAACAAGAGUGUUCGGAUUUGAGGAAAAUGAAUUCCUUCUUGAGCGCUGCUAAGCAUGUUGCGUACGAGAGAGAGAAGAUUGCGGAGGAGAGAUGCAAGUUAUUAGAGGUUACUAAUGUUCGCAUUCAAGAGGAGCUCAAGAAAUGGAAGGAUGAGUGUCUAGUUUCGAGGCAAAUGAAUGCUCGCUUGACUGAGGAAAAGAAAGUCGCGUGUGAGACAGAGCAUCAAGCCGAGGAGAGGUGUAAGAAGUUGUUGGAUAUUUCGAAAGAAGUAGAGGAAGAGGACAAGAGGAUUAUAGUUGAACUAACGCGCAAAAUUUUCGAAGUGGAAGGUAAGAAAGAGAAGGCUGAGAGUAAACUCAAGUUUUGGAAGACGAAGUUUGAGGGAUUGGAAACGCGGGUUUUGCGCCUAGAAGAAGAAUACGGACUGGUGAUGAAUACGACUGAUGAAACUGAUUGCCGUGGGAACCAUAUCGACUUGGAAGUGCAUGCUGGUCCUUCUCGCAUUUCUCCAGAUAAAGCUAUCGGCACUUUGGCGGGUGCAGUGAAUAUGACUGAUGAAAGUGGGGCUGGUGGAACUGGUUGCUGUGGGAACAAUAUUGAUUUGGAAGUGCAUGCUGGCCCUCCUCGCAUUUCUCCAGAUGAAGCUAUUAGCAAUUUGGCGGGUGCAGCUACAGAGAGACAUUCACCUCCAAGCAUUUUUGAGAUUAUAGAUAGUGAUGAUUACUCUUCCACUGAAGGAACUAUGGGCGGAAAAGAAAAGAAUUUACAAGGCCUUGCAGAAGAGGCAAUUUCAGAUGAGAUAGCUGUAGAAAAUGGGACUGGAAUGCUAAAAAGAAAAGACGAUCCAUGUCAGCAGAUAGAUGAGAAUGGGAUUGAUGAUGACAAUUGUGUGAAGAGACAUAAAGUGUCUGUUCUUUCUGGAAGCAAUAACACUGAAAGAUUUUUUAUUCCACAAAGGCAGGAUUCAGCAAUUAUGAGACCAUGUGAAAAUAGUUUGAGGAUCGAUAUUGAAAACAGGAACCUUCUACUCGAUGGGCUCAGUGAUAGUGAUGAUAGUUCCAGUUCCUCGGACUCUGAAGACGAUCUCCCUUCUGAUUUUGAUUUCACUGUGUUUAUGCGAAAGGACUAAAAAGAAAAGAAGAUAAAGAGUCAGACGGGUAUACACAUUAUAAAGGUACGUCUAAUAUUAAACCAUCAUUUCUUGAGUAAAUAUCCAAAAGCUAGCUUUUAAUCUAUAUGGAAGGUGCCGGCAUAAGAAGCAUGACCAAGGCUGAUAGGUUGGCAAGGACCUCUCGUUUUCUUUUUUAACAUGUUAGUGGGGGUGCAGGGAGAAUACAGUAUCAAUAGGAGCCAAAUGGUUGUCAAUAUGUAUCACAACUAUAUUGAGAAGCAAUUGCAGGAUCUUAUUUUGACAGUUUACAGCCAGUAGGAAGACUUCUUUUAUAGGUUACAUUAAAAUAGAUCAUGUGCAUCCUCUGUCAGGGAACAGAAUAGAUAUCAUUCCAUUGUGUUUGUAUGUUUACUAGUGCAAGGACAGGUUUCAAGAGUCAGUUUCUUGUUUCUUUUUCUUUAUUUCUUUCGAUGUUAUGACGGUCAUCGCGAUGGUGAUGUAUGAUUUGCUUGUUCUUAUCUGUGAAUUUGAUGGACUCUUUUGUA